AUGCUCCUCCGGAGGCUGAGGCGGCUCUCUUGGGGCAGCACUGCUGUCCAGCUCUUCAUCUUAACAGUGGUGACCUUCGGUCUGCUGGCCCCGCUGGCCUGCCACCGGCUUCUCCACUCUUACUUCUACCUGCGCCACUGGCAUCUGAACCAAAUGAGCCAAGAGUUCCUACAGCAAAGCUUGAAAGAAGGUGAAGCCGCCCUGCACUACUUUGAGGAGCUGCCCUCUGCCAACGGCUCGGUGCCCAUCGUCUGGCAGGCCACGCCGCGGCCCUGGCUGGUCAUCACCAUCAUCACUGUGGACAGACAGCCUGGCUUCCACUACGUCCUGCAGGUGGUAUCCCAGUUCCACCGGCUCCUUCAACAGUGUGGCCCCCAAUGCGAGGGGCACCAACUCUUCCUGUGCAAUGUGGAGCGGAGCGUGAGCCACUUCGAUGCCAAGCUGCUGUCCAAGUACGUCCCCGUGGCCAACCGCUAUGAGGGCACCGAGGACGACUAUGGCGACGACCCUUCCACCAACUCGUUUGAGAAAGAGAAGCAGGACUACGUCUAUUGUCUGGAAUCCUCCCUGCAGACCUACAACCCAGACUACGUCCUGAUGGUGGAAGAUGAUGCCGUCCCAGAGGAGCAGAUCUUCCCAGUCCUGGAGCACCUUCUGCGGGCUCGCUUCUCUGAGCCGCACCUCCGAGACGCCCUCUAUCUGAAGCUCUAUCACCCUGAGAGGCUCCAGCACUACAUCAACCCGGAGCCCAUGCGGAUCCUGGAGUGGGUCGGUGUCGGCAUGCUGCUGGGGCCCUUACUGACAUGGAUGUACACGCGGUUUGCCAGCCGCCCGGGCUUUAGCUGGCCGGUCAUGCUCUUCUUCUCCGUGUACAGCAUGGGUCUGGUGGAGCUGGUGGGCCGGCACUACUUCCUGGAGCUGCGGCGGCUGAGUCCUUCACUGUACAGCGUGGUCCCCGCAUCGCAGUGCUGCACCCCCGCGAUGCUCUUCCCUGCCCCCGCAGCCCGUCGGACCCUCACCUACCUGUCCCAGGUUUACUGCCACAAGGGCUUUGGCAAGGACAUGGCACUGUACUCACUGUUGAGGGCCAAGGGGGAGCGGGCCUACGUGGUGGAGCCCAAUCUUGUGAAACACAUCGGACUCUUCUCCAGCCUUCGGUACAACUUUCACCCCAGUCUGCUCUAG